CGCUUCAUAUCCUUUCUCACAUCGAGCCGUUCUUGAUAUCAUUCAGGCUGAAGCGAGAUGUUAUGAAAGGGGGUAUUUCGAGCUAGUUCUACAAUAGAGUGCUGAGCCGACACCGCCUUUGUGACCCGGCAGAAACUUGGCUAUCUAAACUCGCGACUUGGACUUUCAAGAUUCAUUCUUUAGAACUCAAUCAUGGAUUGGUGGUAGCACGGAUAUCAAUCAUAUGGAUGGUGAUUGGGAGGAAGUUGGGCGUCUGCUCCUUCCACCGUCGGGUCCGCAGGGCAUUACCCAACCCAGCUCGACCUUUGCUUUCGAUACUUCCCAAGAGCUGCUAUGGGAGGGAAACCAAUUUGGGCGCGUCUGGAGCUUCUAUAGCACUGAGCUCCAGAAGUAUACCUCUUUCAAAUGCGGAGACGGACCCGUAAGGCAAUUACUAUUCCACGAGAAAGGAAUCAUUGCGCUAUGUCCUCGCAGUGUGCAUAUGGCCUUGCGCCGAGGACCGCCAAUAUGGCACAUUGUUCACGAAGAGAUGAAGGAACUCGCAUGUAUGAGCUUUACAUCGAGAGGGAAUACUGAAAUAUUGGUUGCCGGAUUGCAGGACCGAAUGUUCACGAUAGAUGUGGAGAAGGGCACAAUUACUAGACAGAUACCAUCCAGCGACCAUUACACGAUCAUGAAGCGAAGUCGGUAUAUUUGUGCUGCUACAGGGACAGGAGAGAUUCAUCUCCUCGAUCCAAAGACUUUCGAGCUGCAGGAGACAAAGUUCAAGGCUCAUGCCUUGAGGAUAAACGAUAUGGAUGCACAACAUGAUUUUGUUGUAACUUGUGGCUAUGCUAUGAGGCAGGGACAAAUACCUAUGCUUGAUCCUAUGGUCAAUGCAUUCGACCUCAAGAACUUGAAGCAAAUGCACUCCGUGUCGUUUCCAUCCGGGGCAGCGUAUGUCAGACUACAUCCACGCCUAUCAUCAACAAUCAUCAUUGUCUCAUCCUACGGGCAAAUGCAUGAGGUUGACCUUUUGAAUCCGGAUUCGAGUAAGUUCAAGCAGGCGAAUGUUUUGUCCUAUAUUAGCAUGGUCGAUAUGGCACCGUCCGGAGAGGCUCUGGUAUUGGCAGAUACAGACUGCAACCUGCACUUAUGGGGUUCACGAGCAAAAAUACGCUUCGCUGAGAUCAGCACUCCUGUGGAGUUUGCUGAUCCGGAGGAGACUGCCGCACAAGUUGACUGGAACACUGAAACUCCACUAAGUAGUGUUGGAAUGCCAUAUUAUCGUGAGAAUCUACUUUCUGCCUGGCCGAGUCAUUUGAUUUUCGAUGUCGGCGCUCCACCACCGAAAUUCGAUCAGCAUUUCAUGUCGAAAUUGAAUACGGCAUCGUUUGGCUAUUAUGGUCGAGUGCCAACCAAUGUGAGGAGAAACCAAGUUGAAGAUACCAGGGCUCUUGAGAAGGCCCCGAUAAAUCUCAAGACCCCGAAAUUCUUGAGCGAAAAGGCUAGAGAGACUACCAAUGACACAGCAGGGGAACGGAGAAUUAGCGACGUCGCUGAAGCCAUUGGAGCCGUGGGCUUGAAAGCCGAGGUCCCUCUGAUGUACGGCAAUGUUGAGAUCAAGUACAGCAAGUUCGGGAUCGAUGAUUUUGACUUUGGUUAUUACAAUAGAACCACGUACUCGGGGUUGGAGACUCACAUAUCGAACUCUUACGCUAACUCAUUAUUACAAGUCUUACACUAUACUCCACUCAUCCGGAAUCUUGCUUUGCAGCACACUGCAAGUAUAUGUGUGAAUGAUAUGUGUUUGCUGUGUGAGAUGGGCUUCUUGUUCGAUAUGCUAGAGAAAGCGCAAGGUUCAGUCUGUCAGGCCACUAAUCUUUUGAAAACCUUCAGCAAUCAUCCUCUAGCGGCUCAACACAGAUUGCUAGAAGAAGACGCACCUGGCUCAUCUCUCACUGAGAUGUUGCAAAAGCUAAAUCGCUUUUUCCUAGAACGAAUGGCCUACGAUUGGAGGAAUUUGACUCCGCAUAACGAUUCGUUCAGUCAGCUGAUGGCCACUCCGAUGAAGACAACAGUCCGGUGCACAGUGUGCCGCAAUGACCACGUUCGCCUCACCCCUUCAUUCGUGAACGAGCUCAUCUAUCCUCUCCCCAAAUUGAUGGUACGGAAUGCAAGAACGCCGAGACCAUCCUUCUCCCAAAUUCUCAAAGCUAGUAUCGAGCAUGACGAGACAAGUAGAGGCUGGUGCAUUCACUGCCAGAGACAUCAGCCUCUUGCUACGAGAAAAGCAAUACACAAUGCUCCCGCAGUUCUUCUGCUCAAUGCAGCUGUCAAAAGUCCAGAAGCAAAACAAUUUUGGUCCAUUCCUGGUUGGCUGCCAGAAGAGAUCGGGGUCAUCAUUGAGCAAGGCCAAUUCUUCUGUUAUGAGGGCGAAGAUUUAAGGCUUCAUCUAGAGAGACGCCACCACCCUGUCGAGGUCUAUUCGUUGAUAGGGAUAGCAGCAGAGAUCGACAGUGGCCAACACCAGAAGCCUCAUCUCGUCUCUUUAAUUAAUGUGGCACACUCACAGCCGGUUGCCCCAGGAGAGAGUCAAUGGCACCUCUUCAACGAUUUUCUCGUCCAUUCUAUGAGGACUGAAGAGGCUUUGGCGUUCCAUCCUACCUGGAAAUUACCAUCCGUGAUUGCAUAUCAGGCAAAGAGAUACGUAAACAAAAUAGAUCACAGCUGGAGGCAGCACCUGGAUACAACACUGCUGUACUUUGAUCAUAAUCACAAUCCUGGCGAAAAGACAUACCGCACCCUCACCCCCCAAGAAGCUCCGAGGGAAGGCACAAUCAUCGCACUAGACACAGAAUUCGUUGCCAUUAGACAACCCGAGAUAGAGGUGAAUGCAGACGGAGCUAGAGAGACCAUUCGACCGAAAGUUCAUGCUCUUGCGCGUGUCUCCGUAGUCAGGGGCUCAGGCGAAGAAGAAGGCAGACCCUUCAUCGAUGACUACAUUAUCAGCAAAGAACCAAUUGUCGAUUACCUAACUUCAUACUCGGGAAUUAUCCAGGCAGAUCUAGAUCCCAAGCUUUCAAAACACAACCUCAUCCCCUUGAAAGUAGCUUACAAAAAGCUCUGGAUACUUCUAAAUCUAGGCUGCAAGUUCUUGGGCCACGGCCUCAAACAGGAUUUCCGUGUAACCAACAUCCACAUCCCUCGAUCCCAAAUAAUCGACACAAUAGAGAUCUUCUACAAAAAAGAAUUCCGGCGAAAACUCUCUUUGGCAUUCUUGGCUUGGAAGGUGCUAAACGAAGAUAUCCAACAGGGUACACAUGACAGUAUCGAAGAUGCGAGGACGGCAUUGAAGCUGUAUAAGAAGUAUUUGGAGUUUCAGGACGCGGGAAUUCUGGAGACGAUGCUUCAGGAUAUCUACAAAGAGGGGAGUUUGGUGCAGUUUAAGCCUCCGCCACAGAAGAGUUUGAAGGAUGGCAGUUUGAUUGAGAGGACGGAGACUCCUCCUAUUACGAGUGAUGGCCAUUUGGCCGGGACACCUGUGCCUGCAUCGGGACCUACAACGCCGGUCAGGAGACCGUUGGGACUUGCUCCCGGGUCGUCGAGUACGUUUAGUGGCGGGUGGACUCCAGGGAAAGGAGGAGCUCUAGGAGGAUCGCCCUUGAGGUAGAGUUGUAGCACGGAGCUGUGCUACGACUACGGGUUGACGAUGCUUUUCAGUAAGAUGAAUGCAACAUGCGAGAUUUAUGAAAUGAACGUUCCAG